AUGGGUGAGAGACCCUACAAAUGCAUGGAGUGUGGGAAGAGCUUCAGCAUCCACUCCAACCUUAUUAACCUCCAGAGAAUCCAUGUGGGGGAGAGACCCAAUAACUGUACGGAGCGUGGGAAGAGCUCUGGCCGGAGCACAGACCUUAUUAAACAUCAGAGGACCCACACUGGGGAGAGGCCCUAUAAAUGCACUCAGUGGAGGAAGAGCUUCAACCAGAGUUCAAACCUGGUGAAACAUCAGUGGAUCCACACAGGAGAGAAGCCUUAUCAGGCAGAGAAGAUGCCCUACCAGUGUGCCAAGUGCAGGGAAACCUUUGCUCAGACCUCGACCCUGGUUAGACACCAGAUCACCCACACGGAAGAGAGACCCUACAAAUAUCCGGACUGCGGGAAGGGCUUCAGCCACAUUUCCAACCUCCUCCAGCACCGCAGGACCCACACAGGGGAGAGAUCCUAUCCCUGCACCGUCUGCGGAAAAAGCUUUGAGAUGAGCUUGCACCUCAUCAAGCAUCAGAGAACCCAUACUGGGGAGAGACCCUACCAGUGCGCUGACUGCGGGUGGCACUUCAUCCAGCACUCAAACCUCCACAGUCACCAGAGGAGCCACGCUGGGGAGAAGCCCUAUAGCUGUGCCAAGUGUGGGAAGGCAUUCAGUCGGAACACCACCCUUUGCAGCCACCAAAGCAUCCACCGGGGAGAGAAACCUUUCCAGUGCACCAAGUGCAGGGAGAGUGUCCAAUUCCAGCCACAGUUCAGAAAGCACUAG